AUGAACAAUAUGUGCGUCGUAAGAUCUUUAUCACUCCCUCAGAGGUUGUUCUAUUGUCUCUUCCACCCCCUUCUGCUAAUAUUCUUUACUUCAAUAAUUCUAACUAUUUGGAGCACCUUUUCAGUUAUAGAUAUUACAAUGGCUAAAACAUAUCACACGAAGACCGAGUGGAACAAUACCGUUGUCACUUCAGUAUCUAUUUCUACAGCCACAACAACAGCUACAGAAACAUCAGUCACUACAUACCAACCUUCGUACUCCACCAGUUUUUAUACUUUAAACGAUUCCUAUAUUGAAGAGAGGAUCGAUCAAUACUUUGAGAGCAAACUCCGAAAUAUUUCAUCCGUAGUUAAUACGGAUAUGCAGGCAAAAUUCGAGUCAUACACGGAUGAUUUACUGAAUGACAAACAACAGCUAAUAACCGACCAUAUAAGUUCACAAACCGAAUCAAUAAAAAGCGUUCUUGAGCUGAACAAUACGAUAUUUAACGAGUUGCUCGCUAAAUCGCAUUUAAUAAAUGUAACAUGGAGCGAAAUAUCUGAAGAUGCGAUGACGCUGGACCAGGAUUCAAUUUCACAAUUAGCACAGAAUUUAUUUUUGAAUUCUUCCAUGUUCGAUAACGUUUUCCAAAAUUACUCCAGUAGAUUGGAAUUUUUACAGGCAUUUAAUGACACCAUCACCGAUUUUCCUAUUCAGCUGAGUGAUAAUAAUACUUUAAAUUUAAGUUAUUUACAAACAUCCGCCGACUGGGUUCAAUUAAGACAGAAUUUCACCAGAAACUUACAAAGUCAAAUUUCCAUUCUCUCUGGGAAUACUACAAACACCAAGUCAUCAGCCUCAAUAACGAAGAGAUCUAUAAAUAAUAAUAGUGAGGAAAAUAGCGAUUUCAUUGCAAUAAAAAGAAAAGUUUUUUAUAGGUGUCAGAAAAUGACAAUAGUUUUCACCGUACUCUAUUUUGCCUUAGUGGUUUUACUAAUGAUAGUGGAAAGAAUUAAGUUUCAGCUGGAAAACCAACAGUUUAACUUAGUAAUUUCCCAAAUUAAUGAUUCUACAGGGUGCACAAACUUCACGCAAUACAAUAACAUUCUGAAAAACCUGAUAACUACUUUGAACCUCUCCGCACUUUACCCAGUUGUCUACCAAUUGACAAAGCUUAUAAACCAGAAGAUAUUGAAAAGGAACGCAAAAGAAAGCAACGAGAGAAAAGCAAAACGGUCCAAACUAUUUUAUUGCAAUUGGUGGUUAUUCUCAAAUGGCGUUUAUUUGUGGAUUUUUGGUUUACUGAUGAUAUUGAUUCAUUGGCAAAUUGCGUCACGAUUAACAAGCUUUUCAGUAGCAGAUCCACGUGCAUUAAAUAAAAGAUCAGAACCUCUGUCAUACAAGAGAGAACUUUGGGCAGACGUAAAUAUGACUACCGCAGUAGAUGGCGUCAUUAAUGACAGUAUAAACUUAUUGUGCGCGAACUUCCAAUUGGACAUCAACGAACGGUUCCUCUCAACACAUUUCACGUUUCAGGCUGACCCAAGCUUACGAGCACAAUCGAUGGAAAUUUUGAGCUCCUGGGGUAAUGCGACAAACACUCAAUUCGAGAAAUAUCUCAAUGAUAGUUCUCAGAAUUGGCAAAAAACAGACGUGCAAAUUGAACCUCUUCUGAGCACCGACUCUGUCACAGUAUUCAUGAACCAGUAUUCCGUCCCGCUGAAUAGAGUUGCCGGAGCCAGUACAUCAUUAGCAAUAGACAUUCAAAAGUAUGGGAUAAUCAUUAAGGAAACUAAUGUAACCAACAAUUCAGUGGCGACACUCUCAUCACUGGGAAAGCGUCUGGUAGAAAAACAAGAACCAAAACAAAAAAACUCGCCCUCAUCACACAACGUUUUCAAGUGGGGGGUUUUAAUAGCCUGUUUGAUCAUACUGCUUCACCACCUGCUCACCUUCAUAAUAAUAAGGCUGUAA